CGAGAUCUCGUAUCUUUUUCAUUUCUAUGCAUCUUCGAGAUGAAAGAGCAAUCCCACGUCUUCGACUUACAAUGCUGAACGCAGCUAUUGUUAUCUUGGUAUAGUAUAUUGGAAAAUGUACAAAAUAAAUUUGUAUUUUAUUUUUCCGGCUUCUCGGUUCUCCAGCUUUUACAACUCUGAUAGCAAAAUGUCAGCAAUGUGCCGACAAAUUGCCGGCAAAAUCAAUCGUAGGAUUGCAGCAUGUAUACUACCAUUAUAUUGGCGUUAUGCUGGCAAAGCAUGCCGAAAUUACUUACAGAGUGCUGGCAAAAACCGAACAAGACGUGCCGAGCAACACGUGAUGGCAAUUUACAGCGAGCAAGACGUGCCGAGCAACGCGUCACGGCAAAUUUACAGCAAACAGCGAGUAAGACGUGCCGAGCAACGCGUCACGGCAAAUUUACAGGACGUCUUUAAGACAUCUUUAAGUCAAUUUUUUACGCAUAUACAUUUUGCAACGACCAAAUUUAUCUGGUGUGAAACAGUUUGACAUAUUUCUACUGGCAGUCGUCGAGUUUUUCCGCGCUAUGCGAAUGAAAAAUUAUGGAGUUUAGAUGAGAGGAGCCGAAGUAACCAAUAUGAAUAUUUCUAGCAGUACUAGCGAGAGAACGAUUCCAGAAUCAUCCUUGAGGAGUCAAUCCCAACUGCACUCAUGCAGAUUGAACGAUUUAGAAAGCAGUGCGAAUAUUAUGCUAAAAAAAAUUGAGCAAGAGUUGGACAUGACGGAGACAAAAUUUUCUACAUUAAAAUCCGAAAUGAAUUACACGAUAGAUGUCUGUCGGAAAGGAGAAAUGGAAGUGAAGGAGAGUAAAGGAACAUUCAAUACAUCGCACGAACAGACUACACCGUUGUCCAAGAGCCGAGGCUCAAAAUCCUCCGUCGAAUAUCGCAAUUACACUUCCGCUUUGAGCCCAAAAUCCGCCCGGUUUUCGCCUAGAGGAAACGUCAACAACGCCGUUGACGCAAAGUGCGAAAUUCCGAAGGAGGAAACGCGAAAAAGGCUACUCAACGUUACGAUUACACCGAGAACUCAAUCAGAUAAGCUGCUUCCUUCCGCAAUAACAACGAUGCCAGUUCAGAACAAAACUAUGGAAGCUAGUGUAGACAGGGAGUACAAGAGCCUGCUGUCUUCUUGUCCGGAGUACGUGCGCGAAUAUUUACAAUCCAUAGUGAGUGAUUCCGUCAAGGAAUUAGUGUCGAGAGCCGACGAAGAUUACUUCUGCGAAACACCGAGUUGUUUAAGAAAGGAUAGCAGAGAAUCGGAAUUGAAUUCAGACAGGUUGGAGAAUACAAAAGUUAGACAAGCGGCGAAAUGUAAAUACGUGUCGGGAACGCCGAGGAACGAGACAAAUUCCACCUUGAAGACGAGCGACGCCGCGUCCAAAAUACGCAAGAGAAAAGGAAAAUUGCGAAGCUCCGUUUCCAAGAGCACGGUCACGAGUAAGGACACGUAUCUCUUGAACAGAAAAGAAACGAAGAGACGCAGAAACAGAGGUCAUGGCAUUACUCGUCAACAAUCCGCCUUGCUAAAGCAUACGAAAAAAUCCAAUGACGUCGUAGAAAUCUUUCAUAACACCACAUUGAAGAGCAGCAACUCCCGAGUAUUCGCCAAGUAUUCUAAACUUGGUCGAGGAGCGAAACAUGCGAAGAAACAGAAUCUUGCUAAAACUGCCAAUCAGAAGACGCGAGAAAAAUCUCAUUCUGAACACGUUACUCGUGAAUAUCAAUUCCGCAAUAAGGAAAAUCAGCAGAACCUCGGCCUUGAAAUGCUGAAUCGUAAAAGCAAUCCGAGAGUAACGACAGCCAAUAAUAUUCAGGAACAAAAUAAAUCGAGAAAACAUUUGAAGGAUAUUCAUUUGGAAACGUUAAAUUAUAAAAGCAGCCCGAGAGUAACAGCUGACAGUGUUCAGGAGAAAAAUAAAUCGGGGAAACAUUUUAACGAUCUCUCUCCUAAAACGUUAAGUCGUGGAAACAAUCUAAGAGUGACAACCGACAAUGUCCAGAAGCAACACAAGUCAGAGAAGCAUUCGAAUGAUUCGUCGACGCAAUGCAAAAUUGCGCAUCAAUGUGAGCACACUGUGUGCAGCACGUUGGACGAUCCGAUGUCGAUACCCAACUAUGAGAUUCCAACUUUGGCGUCGAAGUUGAAACGCUCCAGCAGACCGUACUUCGGCAGGUUUAAUUUCCACAAUAUACCGUUCGUAGUGAGCACUUCCGUGACUCCGAGUCACAAUCUCGGAUUGAACAUUCAGCAAGUUCUGAGCGUAAUGAAGACGAGGCAGCCGACUGCAAGAGGCAUCGCUCCGUUAUUGAUACGUGAAGUCAGCAGAAGCGCGAAACCGGUGUCUACUUUUCUGGAGCAGAUAAACGUACAGUGUGACAAGUCGAUUCUCGACCUCAAGUCACAGACGGACGGGCAGCUCGACGACAAAGAGAGCCUGAAGCAAGACAGGAGAUUGUCUGUACUCGAGCUGCAACACCUGGGGCGAGCGCAGAGCGUUCACACGGCGGGACCCAACGGCGCGAAAACUAUUCCUAAAAGCUCCAUUGGCUCCGGGCAAUUGUGCAGAGAGAAGGGCGAUUUCCACGAGGAGUAUAAAGUAAAGCAGCGGUCCUCUCUUAUCAAGAGCCGCACGUCGGUAUAUUCAAGAAAUCAGCAACCAAUCUCGCGAAUGUCGUUGAGCAAGCAGGACAAUAUUGGCGAUCAUAAAACACAUAUCGCUGACCCACAUAAUUCUAAAGAGAUACGCGACGUUUUGAUUAAUCUUCACGAUCAGUUCGAAGAGAUGAACACGCGAUAUGAGAAAUUGCAAUCGGAAGUGGCAAAGUCCAAUGAUGCGAAUCUGCCGAAAGAACUGUCCACCUUGGAGAAACAGCUGCACGUCAAAGAAGGGGAGAUCAACGCUGUCAUCAGCCUUUACAAAGAAGUGAUGUCGCUGAAGCAGCAGAUGAAGAUGCUGCACGAGAGGGGCAGUCUCGUUCGCGUAGCGACCGUGUCGUCCAUGGAACCGCACAGGAAUCCUUUCUCGAUAUCGCUCGUGCCCGGCAGGUCUCCUCACCGGACGGACACUGCGCAGAUCCUUGGCCGCGGAAGAGGAUCAAACGUCUACGGUGCCACGCGAGAUCCGCCCGCGUCUGUGCAGCUGGUCGCGCUACUACGGCAAAUUCAAACCUUCCACAAACAACUGCAGCUCGUAUCGUAACUUCACAUCAGUAUGAGGAAAUACGGUGGGACAGAAUCGGUCUGCUGUAUCAAAAGUUAACUGCGUCGUUUCAGCCACACGACGAUAACGUCGGAAUUUUGCUCACCUGCAAUACAGAGCGAGGCGCGUAAAGCUUGACAGAUGAAUAUUGAGGAGAAACAGUGAAAUUUUAUCAGGCAAAGUUGAACGGAUCACUUUUACUUUUCUCUGUAUGAAUGAAUUAAGAUAAUUUCUAGGUCAUUAUUUUUUUCUUUGAUGGAAUUACAUGCUUUUCUAUCAUGUUUGUAUCAAGACGAAUUCAAUUUUCUUAAUGCGUUCAUACAGAGCGAAAUAAUAUACAUGGAAAGAAAAAUCUCGGUUCGUUUGACAAAAUGGGGAUCAGAUGAAAACACGGUGACGGGAAAUGUUAUGUCUGUUAUCGCGAGAAGAACUGAUCUGGACAUCCUGUGUUAAAACCAAAGAAUUGAGAUAAUCGAGACCGGGUAAUCUUUCUAUUCUUACAAAUGAGCUUCCGUCUGCUCCUCGGACAACAGAAAAAAAGUGUCCGAAUCGUUUUGCAACUGAGUGCAUAUAAACGACGAUGAAUAAGCGUUCACGUUCACUUUAUGGCCAUUGGUCGCGCGGGAAGCGAUUUGGAAGGUGUUUGCCAAAUAAACGAACGAUUUCUUCUAGCAGAUCAUACUCCAUUUUAUUCGAUUCUGCGUG